CAGCCUAAUAGGUAUGAAUUAUAAGCCCAAAUAGUAUCGCGAUUUGGAAACCAAACACAAGUUAUACGAAGAAAAAGGCAAAUAAGCGGCAAAAAUUGCAGAAUAUUGUUCUCAAAGAUUCAAUCUUUAAAGAAGAAAAUUUCUAAGUCUCUUCAGCAAGUAAAGGUUUUCUUGAUAUAGGGAGCCAUGAUUUCAAACAGCAACUUAUUUCAUAAAACCCACUAUGAGAUCCUAGGUGUGAAAGAAGAUGCAAAUUUGGAAGAAGUCCGUAAAGCCUAUCGUUCAGCCAUACUUUGUUUUCAUCCAGACAAGCAACAAAAUGCAUCAGACACAUCCAGUUCUGAAUCUAUAACAGAGAACAAAUUUUUGGAUAUACAGAGAGCCUGGGAAACCAUCGGCAACCCCAGGUCACGUGCACUUUAUGAUGCUGAAUUGCUAACUUUGAGACAGGAUGCAGCAAUAUCUGAAGAUGUCAGCUUAGAUGACCUUACAGUUCAAGAUUCUGGUAAUAUUAUAGAGCUUUCUUAUCCUUGUAGAUGUGGUGACUACUAUUUCAUCGAUUCGUUUGAGUUGGCAGAAACAGGUUGUUCAAUAUCAAGAGACGGGGAAAUGGUAUCUUUGCUAACGUCUAAAUCGUUGCCAACAUCUGUUGUGCUUCCUUGUGGAUCUUGCUCUCUUAAAGUCCGCUUACUGAUCAAUGGGGGAAGUUAUCAAAAGUGGCCAUUCUGGGAUGGAAAAGAAAAGGCCAUAUUGACUUUUAACCAAACCAACAUUCACUUUAUAGUCUUGUGUAUCAUCUUCAAGUGAAGAUAUAUGAAUGGACCUGCUACUGC